AGAGAGAGAGAGAGAGAGAGAGAGAGAGAGAGAGAGAGAGCAGCAGAUCCAAACAGACGGAGCAUGUGGGUAGAGAGGUUUUAAAGUGCAACUCGGCGCAGUUUGCUCAUUCACAUCAUCUCCACCAACCAAACAACUACAAAUCUUUUUUUUUUUUUUUCUUACUCUGUUUUGGCUGGAGGUGCAGACUUUUUCAAACUUUUGGAUAAAGUGUGCGCAAACUUUUUUUUUUGCAAAAACAAGAAGGCAAUGUAGACCGGCAGUGAGUUGGGUAAUGUGACCCUGCGUAAACUCCAAAUGACCACCUCUCUCUCUCUCUAUCUCUCUAUCUCCCUCAAACACACGUGAAUCAGCAGUAAGUAGUGCGUCCAUGUCUGCGUCCGUGUCUCCAGCCAGCAUGACUCUAUCCGGCGGUGUGUCGGAUACUUGUCAGCUCACUUUACGCGACCGCAUGGAGCCGGAGCUGUGGAAGUGAGACUACUACUUCAUCCAUGCGCACACUGGAGGAAUAGUUUGGUGCAACACGUUGCGAAGCGAACACACUAAGCAGCUAUAGACCAGAGAGAGCUGCGAUGAUGCGGGGCACUUUGGGCGCAUUCAUUCAGUCCUGUGUGCUGCUGCUGGUCCGAGCAGACCACUGGAGGCUGAAGGACUCCGACGACUGCGAGCUCAACAAGAAACAAACUGACCUAAACUCCUUCCUGUGGACGAUCAAACGGGACCCUCCCUCGUAUUUCUAUGGUACAAUCCACGUUCCCUACACGCGCGUUUGGGACUUCAUCCCCGAAAACUCCAAGCAGGCCUUCCAGGAGAGCAGCAUCGUCUACUUUGAGCUGGACCUGACGGACCCGUACACCAUCUCGGCCCUGACCAGUUGCCAGCUGCUCCCUCAGGGCGAGAACCUGCAGGACGUCCUGCCCAGAGACAUCUAUCGGAGACUCAAAAGACACCUCGAGUAUGUGAAACUCAUGAUGCCCUCGUGGAUGACCCCGGAUCAGAGGGGGAAGGGGCUCUACGCCGACUACCUCUUCAACGCCAUCGCCGGAAACUGGGAGAGGAAGCGGCCCGUUUGGGUGAUGCUGAUGGUGAAUUCGUUAACCGAGGCGGACAUUAAGACGCGAGGGGUGCCGGUGCUGGACUUGUACCUGGCCCAGGAGGCGGAGAGGAUGAGGAAGAGGACGGGGGCGGUCGAGAAGGUGGAGGAGCAGUGCCAUCCGCUCAACGGGCUCAACUUCUCCCAGGUGAUCUUCGCCCUGAACCAGACGUUAUUACAGCAGGAGUCUUUAAGGGCAGGAAGCCUACAGGUCCCAUACACCACCGAAGACCUCAUCAGACACUACAACUGUGGAGAUCUCAACUCCAUCAUCUUCAAUCAUGACACCUCACAGGUCCCUAACUUCAACAAUGUGACGCUGCCACCCAGCGAGCAGGUGACCGCCCAGGAAAUAGACAGCUACUUUCGACAGGAACUCAUCUACAAGAGGAAUGAGAGGAUGGGAAAGAGGGUCAAGGCACUGCUAGAGGAGCACCCUGACAAGAGCUUCUUCUUCGCCUUCGGAGCAGGUCACUUUCUGGGCAACAACACAGUCAUUGAUGUGCUCCGUCGCCAGGGAUACGAGGUGGAGCACACCCCUGCUGGGCAGCCCGUAAACAGGAGAUCAUCAUCCAGGCCUGACUCGCCAGGGUCAGAAGACCACCACGACGAGCCCCCUCUUCUCGAGCCUUUCCUCCACGAGCUCCCGCACAAAGAGGACGAGCACGGGCGUCCCCUGGAGGACGAUCUGCUACCCCACAUGCUUCUGCCACCGGAUAGCCUAGAGCUGCUGGAGAAAGCAGAGAGGAGAAUGCUGAAGAAAAAGAGGAGGAACAAGCAGAAGAAACAGCGGCACCGGCAUUUCAACGACCUCUGGGUUCGCAUCGAGGAGAGCACUAUGGUCCAGUCUCCACCUCCCCCGUUGGUUCGCAUCAUCAACGGUUACAUCACAGUGCAGCCACCCGACAGAGUCCACAGCCACUACCAUCACAUAUCUUCGGCAUGGACCGCCUCAUCGCCCUCACCAUCUUUACUGAUCUUCCUCUGCACAUUGCUCACAGUAAUCCCACAGACGUGGACUGCGCUCCUCUAGUAGAGCAUUAGUUGGGACUCUAUAAAGACAGCCGGCCUUCAUGAGCACAAACUCUCACAUGGUGGUUUCAUGUAUCGGCUCAUGUAAAGCGAGGUCUGAUCGUUGCGUCGUAAGACCUAGAGGAGGCUGCGAAAGACUGUGUGAUGAAUCUCGAUGCAAAAAAAGCACAGAGAAAGGAUAUGAAAUCAACCUCUAGCUGUCAGGUAACAGUACACUCCAUGGAUGUUAGGUUAGAUAAAGGUUGUGUUGAAUGGUAAAAUCAUGUCAAUAGAGCAUGUCUCUUACAAACUGAGGCCUUAAUGAGCAUGUAAGUUCAUAAUAAGGUUUCUUGGAACUUAAACGUUUCACGAGGUUUCAGUUAUUUUUACACACAUACACACAAAGCAGGAGCGAGUACACGGAACACAGCAGGAAAGAAGAGGGAAAGCGAACAAAAGGAAGUGUUAUCUGACAACUCUCUGACAUUACACAACAUGUCAGUUCUCAGUAGACACUCAUCAUUCAAACCUCACUGAAGUGACUGUUCAGUGAAUGAACACAAGAACAUCACCAAAACUAUUGCUGAAUAUUAAAUACCUUCAAUACGUACAACUGGAACCAUAUGUCCUUCGUGUGUGUGAGUGUGUGUGCGUGAGUGAGUGUGUGUGUGAGAGAGGCAAAACGAAGUCUAUCAGCUCUUAACCCCCCCCGGCCUUACAAACAGACUUUAAUUUAUUCUUCCAUUUUAGAAGAAUUUUGCAUAAAAUCCUACUGUGGUGGGGGGGGAAAUUGUACAUAUUGUUUUUAAUAUUAUAGAUGUAUUUUAGAAUUAUAAAAAAAAAAUGAAAAUUAUCAAAAGUUUUGUUGUUGUUUAUAUAAAUAUAUAAAUAGAUAUGCAGUAUAUUUUUGAAACGAAAAAAUCAGGAACUAACCACCAUAGCCCGUGUCGUCUGUCUCUCUGAAAUGAAAUCUUCGGAAGGGACACAUGAUCGUAUUGUACUUUAUGUAUCAGUGUUAUCACUUGCUUCGCUGUAUGUGUCUGCUGAAAGGAUUCACGUUGUGUGUGCGUUUUUGUUUUUUGUCACAUAGAGAUAAUUUGUUUAAUUUAUUUAACUACUAUAGUUUUUCUGUAGGCCAUAUGAAACAUUCCCUAUGUGUUUUUUUUUCAUAUUUUUUUUGCUUUCACUAUGAUGUCCAAAUGUGUUAUUUCCAAUGUUUUCAAGUAUAAUUUCAAAUGCAUUAUGAUGGUAAUAAUAAUAAUUCAGUUUAUAUAAAUACAUGAAGCUGUCUACACAGAUAGACCUCAUACAGCAUAGUGCUUUAGGUCUUUCACAUUUCACUUAUGGCAUGAGAUGAUUGUAGUAGUAUUACCAUGACAACAAUAAAAUAUUUAUCUAGAUU